CCCACUGAAGGGGAUUGCGGUGCGUAAACAGGAUUAACUCUCUCGUCCCCAGCUGCGCUGAUCUUCCAGCGGCCUGCGGGCCGGAGCGAGGCCACGGGUGCGCGGUGGGCGCAGCACGGAGAGCGGGGGAUGGGGAAGCUGGGGGCCUCGGAGCUGUCUCUGGUGCGCGCUUGCUCGCUGUGUGGGGCGGGGGGCCACAGCCUCUGGAGCUGCUCCUCAAAAGCCCGAGCGGACGGCCGCGACGGCGCGGGCUCCUAGAGGCAGCCUCCCCUCCGCCACCUCCCUCUCCCUCCCGGCGCUUCCUCUCCGCCCACCGCGCUCCAGCCGCUCGGCCGCAGCCAGCGCUGUCCUCUGCCCCCCGAAGAAGCCGCGCCCGCCCCGCGCCCAGCCAUGGGGGACCUGCCGGGCCUCGUGCGCCUCUCCAUCGCGCUGCGCAUCCAGCCCAAUGACGGCCCGGUCUUCUUCAAGGUGGACGGGCAGCGCUUCGGCCAGAACCGCACCAUCAAGCUGCUCACCGGCUCCUCCUACAAGGUGGAGGUGAAGAUUAAGCCCCCCACGCUGCAGGUCGAGAACAUUUCCAUUGGUGGUGUGGUUGUCCCACUGGAGCUGAAGUCUAAAGAGCCUGAUGGGGACAGAGUUGUUUAUACGGGCAUGUAUGACACAGAAGGUGUGGCCCCAACCAAGAGUGGAGAACGGCAACCCAUUCAGAUCACCAUGCCGUUCACUGACAUUGGGACCUUCGAGACGGUGUGGCAAGUCAAGUUCUACAAUUACCACAAGCGAGACCACUGCCAGUGGGGAAGCCCCUUCUCCGUCAUUGAGUACGAGUGCAAGCCCAACGAGACGCGCAGUCUCAUGUGGGUGAACAAGGAGUCCUUCCUCUGAAAUGGCUCUUUCUGAUGUUGCUGGACAAUCUCUUCAGAAAUCUACUCUUAGAUAACCCAGCACAAGCCUUCCCCAAGGCACACCACACCGUUGCUGUUUCCCAUUGGGUGCCAAUGACCUGCUAGCCCUGAUUAUUUGGAAAGUGUAAUUCUCCUCUGAUGCAAUAUCCCUGACAUAAAAGAUCGUGAUGUACCACCCCCGAAAGACCCCUUUCUGUACUCUGUGUCCGUGUUCCUGCAUCCAGGUGUUCUCAGUCAUGCUAUUGACUGCUUGUGAGUGGAGCUCAGUGGAAUUGGCAGGCAUGUCCCAUACUUACUGGUUCCAGAGAAUGACUGUGGUGUUUUGUUUCCAAGUUAAGUGAUUCCUCCUUUUUGGUAAAUUGUUAAAUAAAAAAUAACAAUGUGUAGGUUCUUUCCUAAGUGUAAUAUGGUAACACGUAACUUGCAAUGUUUUCCAGCUCCCAAAGCAGGCUUUGUGAAAAUGUAAUACAAACAGCAGUAAAAGGGGACUCGAAUGUUGUGCCCCCAUAAUCAACUUCUUCAAGGAAGGAUAAGAACAAACUAAAAGGACAAAUAUUUAGGAAGUAUUUAUAAUGUAUUAAAACUCUUUCAAGCAACUUAAGGUAUUGUGGUGUGGCCUAGUGGAAAUGGGAAAAAGCAUUUUUGUGGCCCACUGUUAAACAAGGUGACAGGAGUUAGAGGGUAACCUCUUUGCAAGCUACCCUCACGUUCAAACGUGCAUAUUGAUGGCAUUCCUGCAUUCCCCUUCACUUGAACUUUGUAAAACUGUGUAUGGAACAGUAAUCAACUUUUGAUAUUUCUUAAUAAAGGUCUUGAAAAUCAUA